CUUCAAUUUCUAGGGGCAACACAACACACUCCUACAAUAUCAACCAUCUUUAGUUAAUUUGAUACAUACAGUAGUACGUGCUCAAAUGGAAUUGCCUGUGCGCAUUGAUCUGAUGAAGCUGGCCUUAUACAAAGCAGCUGUGGAGGAUAAACCUGAAGAUUACUAUACAGUUCUAGAGCAGCAAAGCGCGGCGGCGGUGGAAGACGAUGGCCUCCAAGUUAUGCCAAAUGGAAACACUGUGCUGCAUGUUGCAGCGCUCCACGGCCGCCAACAUUUUGUGGAAAACAUACUACGAGGGAAAGAUAACAAUCAUGCACCAGCCUUAUUGUCUUUGUUAUUUGCUCAGAAUAAGAAAAGGGAAAGUGCGUUACAUUAUGCAGCGGAGAAAGGCUAUGCCAACAUAGUCUCUAUUCUUAUCAGUGCCACCAAGGAGUACAUGGAUGUUGAAUCUGGUGUGGGAGAGAUGGAGAUGGUACGGAUGACAGAUAAUCUGAUGGACACGGCCUUGCACAAGGCCGUGCGAAUGAGGCAUUUUGCAGUGGUAAAGUUAUUGGUUGAAAUGGAUGAUGAAUUUGAAUACCCUGCCAAUAAUGCUGGGGAGACACCCAUUUACAUAGCAGCAAGGUUAGGAUUCCGUGACGGUUUGCAGCAACUUCUGAACACAUGUAAAAAUCCUACUUACGGUGGACCUUUGGGUCGAAAUGCUAUUCAUGCAUCAUUAGAAUCUUCCCCAGGAUGCACGGAAUUACUAUUGAAGAAGGAGAUCUCCUUGUGCGACAUGACUGAUGAUUCAGGUUGGACGCUGUUGCACUAUGCUAUUAUAAACCGGUAUAAUGAAGCUGCCCGUAUAAUUCUUGCGGGAAAAAGUUGUGCAGCUUACCUUUGCGCAGGGAAAGGUGAUGAGUGGACCCCGAUAUUUCACAUAGCAGCAAGGUAUGGCAACGUUGAAAUGAUGAAAUGCAUAUCAAAUAGUUGCUUCCAAGAUUGCUGGAUGAUGCUUAAUAGCAAAUCCCAAAAUGUCCUUCACGAAGCAGUACUGGGACAUAGAUUGAACGUGAUAGAAUAUGUUUUGAAGUACUCCCAAACGGACAGCCUUAUUGAGGGGAAAGACCAGGAUGGAAACACACCGUUGGCCCUUCUUUCCGUUUCUAGUUGCAACCCUUUGAAACGUGUUGCUAUGCAGGGUGUUAUGUGGAAGCAUUUGGUCUUUAAUAAACAACACCAAACUCCAUUUGCCAUGGCCUCCCAAAACAGCAAGUGGGCAUUUUCUAAGUAUUACUUAGGUUGGAAACUUGUAAGGAGUGGUGGUAAAAUUGGUUGUCAAAGUGGACUUACAGAAAAUAAGACAUUGAGGAAAGAAUGUGUUAUUACAGAAAAGGACAUUCAUUUUAUGGUAGAAACAAAUCGAACAAACAUAGUUGCAGCUUCAUUGAUAUUUACCGUGACCUUUACAGCUGGUUUAACCGUCCCAGGAGGAUACAACAGCAAUCAUGGAAAAACACAAGGAACGCCAUUGUUGUUACACGAUUUUGGAUUUCAGAUGUUUGUUAUUUACGAUUCUCUCGCUUUCAUAUUCUCUAUUUUGUCGAUACUUUUACAUCUUACGAUGGUUGCAAAAGCCUCAUCCAUCCAGAACUACAAAUCUGCAACGAGAUGUUUCAUGUGUUGCAGGCUUAUGAUCAUGUUGGCUGUCACUGCUGUUGUAGCUGCAUUCAUUUAUGGCAUAGAGUCCACCUUAGCACCUUCACGUUUUCUCUUACCUGUUGUUGCUACCGUAUGCACUUUUAGCAUUAUCGGCAUCGGUUAUCUCAUUUUAACAAAUAUGUUUCUCAUCCGGCGAAUUCUUUAGGCCUAAACUAGCUAGCUAGCUUUUAGCACCAACUUUCUGUUUUUCUUUUCCCUGCAUAUUUUGUGAUAGAGUGUGUUUUGUUUGUUAAAAUAGAUGGAUAAAAGAGUAUGUAAAAUAGUUUGGAGCCUUAAAAUGAUAUGUACUGUCUCUAUUGUACGUGAUGCCAAUUUUUAUA